UUGUUUGCUUUUAACCUCACUUUCUGACGACAUAACCUCUACGAAAAUGUCGUCCGACGAGGAGCACAUGGAUGUUAAAGAAAUAGAAACAGAAAUCAAAACAGAGGAAGAACAUGGCGAUAUUAAACCGUCCACUUCCGGACAGGUUAUAUUCCCGAAUGAGAGUAAAUUCAACCACAUCAAAAACAAACUGGUUAGGCAACAACAAUUUCAGAAAAAACAGAGGGAACUAAAGAAGGCUAAAAAGGAAGAGAAGAAAAAGCGCGAAAAGGAAGGUUUGCCUAAAAAGGUGCCACAUACCAUAGACAGUUUAAGAGAAAAAGAUGAAACUACUGUGAACGAUUUAAACGAUGAAGAAAAUGAAUUGGUUAAGGAAGACGUCGAUCAGGAUGAGUUUAGUGAAUAUUAUAAACAUUCUUAUGAACCUAAAGUGCUCAUAACGUUUGCCGAAGACCCUAUGAAGAAAACGAGAAUUUUUGGAAGAGAAUUAAGAAGAAUAAUCCCAAACUCUGUAUCCCUAUACAGAAACAAAUCGGACAUUAAAAAUAUAGUAAAAAGCGCAAUCAAAAAAGAUUUUACAGACAUUUUAGUUAUAAAUGAAUGCAAAAAACAACCCGAUGGUUUACUAUUGAUACAUCUUCCCAAUGGACCUACAGCCCAUUUUAAAAUCAGCAACCCCAAAAUAACGACAGAGUUAAGAAGAAACCACAAAAAUAUUACUGCACAUAGGCCCGAAGUGGUUCUUAAUAAUUUCACAACCAGGUUAGGUUUAACUGUCGGGCGGAUGUUGGGGGCUAUUUUCCACUACGAUCCUGAGUUUGUUGGUGCUAGAGCUGUUACUUUCCACAAUCAGAGAGAUUUUAUAUUCUUCAGACACUAUAAGUAUGGUUUUGACGAGAAUGGUAAAAGGGCAAGGUUAAAAGAAUUGGGCCCCAGAUUUACCCUUAAACUAAAAUCGUUACAAAAGGGUACAUUUGACAGUAAAUAUGGACAAUAUGAAUGGAUAAUCGAUGGUAGAAGACACAAAAUGGAAACAAGCAGAAGGAAGUUCUUCUUGUAAACUUAUUUGUUAUUUAAUUUUAAAUAAAAACAUUUUUUAAAAC